ACAACAGAUUCAUCGACAUUAAUUUCUUUUUGGAAAAAUACAAGUAAAGACGUCACUUGGCAUAUUUUUCAUUUCAUUGCGGUAAAAUUGUAAAAUAAACACAAUAUGAGUGCUGAGAAUGAUACCAAGGAUGACCACGCUCCCAAAGUCAACCAAGUUGCCCAGGAAUAUAUCGAUGAAUUGUUAAAAGAAGAAGCUCGUCUACCUGAAGAUUAUCCCCUGUGCAAGGCGUUGAUUAGAGAUGCAAUUGACCGCAUCUAUCUUACCGGCCGCAUUCCUGGCAAGGAACUCAAAGCAGAUGUUUUCCAACAGAAACCUAUCAAGCUGUCCCAAAAUGUGCACUUGCCCGUCAAACAAUAUCCCCACUUCAAUUUUCAGGGUAAAAUUUUGGGACCCAAAGGAAAUACCCUUAAACGCUUGCAUCACGAGACCUUAUGCAAUAUAGCCAUUAGAGGGCGCAACUCUAUGCGUGAUCAGGAACGUGAAGAGGAACUACGGCAAUCGGGCGAUCCAGCAUAUAAUCAUUUGAAUAAAAAUCUAUACGUUGAACUUUCCACUAUUGCCCCACCAGCUGAGGCUUAUGCUCGCAUAGCAUAUGCUUUGAGUGAAAUUCGUAAAUACAUCAUACCCGAUAGCAACGACGAGAUCUCGCAGGAGCAAUAUCGCGAGCUAAUGCAAAUGGAUCCGAAAACAACAAAAGCUGGUUUUGGCAAAAAGGUCAUAUCACAAAAAUCUGUUUUUCCCAAACUAGCGGCGUUAGGUGGUGGCGGUGAAGGAUAUUCAAAUGGAUAUGAAGAUUAUGAGGAAGAAGAACCAAGCGCUCCACCAACACCAUAUGGUGGUUAUAAAAAAGCCUUUAAACCAGCCGCUCCCUUUAAACGGAAUGAACCCCCUACGAUUUUCGCUGCAAAAUUUAAACAUAUUCGCCCACAGCCCUAUGUUCGCCGUUCAGCUAUUCAAAGGAAUUAAAUGCAAAAAUUAAUUAAAUUAAAAAAAAAAAUAACAACUAAACAUUUCACUGUAAGAUGUUUGAUGAAUAACAGACAAAAAUAUUUUACCAAUGUAUCAAUAAAAACAAAUUAAAUUUGUA